GUGAUUCUCCUCCAAACUCGAUAAAUCCGCGGAAUAUUAGAGGGAAAAAGAGAACACAUUUUCAAUUUUAGAGUUGCUGAUCGAAUAGCGACCCCUGUGUCGAGGGCUGUCGGGACAAGCAGCGACGGAAAACCAGUGGAAUACUCGUGUUUAGUGCAUUGACUGUUGCGGGAAAAAGCGCCAUCAUGGAUCAACAACCGUGUGAAAUCAGGACCCAAUUGCGUCCGCUGGGACGCCCGGCGAUGUCUUUCCUAUUGAAACCUCUGGCACACACCCGGAGAGCAUCUCUGCUGGCGCACAAAUAUUUCAUCCGGAGUCUGAUUCUCACCAUUUUCUCCGUGAACCUGGGAUUGUACAUUAUGCACGCAGUAAGCCACGAGGUUAUCUGCACGAUCGCAUUCAUAUUUUACCAGAGCUACUUCAGGCCGGAGGAAAAGCUGCAGAGCGAGGACCAGAAGCAAGAGAACUCGAGACUUCCCGACGGAACGGAACGGAAGCGGAAGAUCACCCGAGUUUUGGGAGUUGAUUUUGCCCCAGCUGACACGCCGAUGCGUCAGAGAGUCCAAACCUUCUGCGUGGCCUUAUGCAGUUUCAGUUUUCUGUUCGCCGGGGCUUUCUUCAGCGCCCUUUCGGUGUACCUCCUCUUCACAAGGUUCUGCUGGCUCCCCAUCCUAUACGCACUGUGGUAUAUUUACGACCACGGAACCCAUGAACGCGGUGGUCAUCGCAUUCACUGGUACAGACGCUGGAAACUCUGGACAAGAGUUGCUGAAUAUUUCCCCAUAGAGCUAGUGAAAACAGCUGAGCUCCCACCCGAGAGGAACUACAUCUUUGGCUAUCAUCCUCACGGAAUCAUGGCCUCAGGCUCGUUCAUUAACUUCGCAACCGAAGCAACUGGAUUUUCGAAACUUUUCCCUGGCAUCGUACCUCACCUGAUGACUCUGUCAAUGAAUUUCUGUUUCCCCUUCCACCGUGACUUGAUCCUAGGCUUGGGGGUAGUUUCCGUCACCCGGAAGAGCCUCAACUGGAUCCUGCAGCGAAAGGGAUUGGGGAACGCGGCGGUCAUCGUGGUCGGCGGAGCGCAAGAAGCCCUCGAUGCUCACCGUAACACCAACGUCGCAUUGACAUUGACGUCGCGCAAGGGAUUCAUCCGAUUAGCCUUGCAGAAUGGCGCCGAUCUCGUGCCCGUCUUCUCGUUCGGAGAGAAUGACGUGUUCCAACAGGCAGCCAACCCUCCCGGCUCCAAACUCCGCGAGAUUCAGGAUCGCAUGAAGAAAGUCUUGGGUUUCAGUGUGCCACUCUUUCACGGCAGAGGAUUACUCCAGUACACAUGGGGCUACGUUCCCUACAGAGCUCGGCUCACUACAGUCGUUGGUGCGCCGAUCCGAGUGCAGAAAAUCGAAGAACCCAGCCGAGAACAGGUCGACGCUCUACAUGCUCAAUAUGUGCACGCUUUGAAACAGCUGUUCGAGAAUCAUAAGCACAGAGCUGGUUGCCCGAAUCAAACCUUGACGAUAUACUGAUCUACCUUCGCGAAGGAGCGAUUGCUUCUCGCGUUGUUUAUCGCGCUGAAAUUAUAGAAUGCCCCGCGAGGAACGCAUUGACGGUGAGUUCAGGAGGAGAAUCAAGGACAAGACUUGAGAAGGUGUUUCGGGCUCCACACAAUCAACAUUCUGUAUGUUCCAUAACUCACAAGACAGCUCAGGUCGACUCCGAUCCGCGAAUAGACUUUCAUUGGAAAUUCAAUUCUCCCUACAUUAGAAUUGUCACCAAACAACUUGACAACUCUUGUCUGGUCAGAGAGCUGGCCUUGUGUUUGCGGACGCGACGCGAUGUCGGAUAUCCCUCGGGAUCUGAGGAACUUGGUGAUAUUCAACUGGAAGUUUUUGAUCGGAAGAGAAAGCGGGCGAUGAUUCGAAGGAGAGAGAAGUGACCACAUACCUUCAUACGUUUAUCGAGUCAACAGCUCAAUGCAUAGCGGGCGUUCGCCAUCAUGUGAUUCAUAUGUGAUUGUAGGUAAAUGUAACCUCUCGCGAUUGAGGUCUCAGAUCCCAGCAGCGGCUGGAGCUAAGCGUAAAGAGCAAAGUGAGUUUUUAGUUAGUCUUCCUGAGGAGUGUCACUUGACGACCAUCUGAGAAAAUCUAUCAUACCUACCAAGGAAUGAAAACAAGAAUCUGCCAUAACUUGAGACACGAUAUGUGGCCUCCGAUUGGAAUUUAGGGAACCGAUGUAUAGAGGAGAGUUGACUGUGUUUUUAAGUGUGAAUAUAUUCAUUACUAGCAUAUUUUACACUGUGAAUAAAGAACUCUGUA